GAGACUUGAAUAACAAUAUGGCUUCCCUUCCUAUCUUGACUAUAAUUGAAAAGUGUCCUGUAUCACCACCACCUGCCACCGUAGGUAACAAGUCAUUACAACUUACUUUCUUAGAUGUGUUAUGGUUAAAGUUCAUUCCUGUUCAUACUCUCUUCUUUUUUGAUCUACCAAUCACAAAAACUCACUUCACCCAAACCAUUGUUCCAAAACUUAAAAAUUCCUUAUCUGUUACCCUUCAACAUUUUUUCCCAUUUGUUGGUAAACUAGUAUUAUUCCCUACUAAUAUUACUCGAAUGCCCGAGAUUCGUUAUAUUGAAGGUGAUUCUGUUUCGGUUACGUUUGCAGAAUGUAAUCUUGAUUUUGAUGAUCUUAGCGGAAACCACCCUAGAAAAUGUGACAAGUUUUAUCAUCUUAUACCUUCCCUUGGAAACACUUGUAAAGUUGAUGAUUACAUAACUAUGCCGGUGUUUUCGGUUCAAGUGACACUUUUUCCAAAUUGUGGGAUCUCUAUAGGAAUGACAAAUCAUCAUAGCUUGUGUGAUGCAAGCACUAGGUUUUGUUUCCUGAAGGCGUGGACGACGAUUGCUAGUCAUGGUUCAGAUGAAACAUUUCUAGCUAAUGGAACUUUGCCGGUUUUUGAUAGAGUGGUGAAAUAUCCAAAACUAGAUGAAAGUUAUUUGAAGAAUGCAAAAGUUGAAACUAUUAACGAAGAUUAUCAACUUCCAAGACUUUCUGGACCAACUGAUAAAGUUCGAGCCACGUUUAUCUUGGCUCGAACAGUGCUUGGUGGGUUGAAACAGCUGGUUUCAACCCAAUUACCAACGAUAGCAUAUGUAUCAUCUUUUACAGUAGCAUGUGCUUAUAUUUGGAGUUGUAUGGCAAAAUUACACAAUAAAAAUGAGCUGGCACUAUUUGGUUUCGCUAUUGAUUGUAGGUCACGCAUGGAUCCGCCCAUUCCUUCGGCCUACUUUGGUAACUGCCUCGUGUCAUGUAUGGCUACAGCAAAAACCAAUGUUAUAACCGAAAAGGAAGGAUUCGUGAUUGCUGCUAAAUUGAUCGGAGAGAAUCUACAAAAGAUGUUGACCGAUAAGAAAGGAGUUGUACAAGAUAUAGUGCCACUCGCGGACAGGUUUCCUAACGGCAUGCCAACAAUAAUGACGAUAGGAGUUACAGGAACACCAAAACUCAAAUUCUAUGACUUGGAUUUCGGAUUUGGAAAGCCAAAAAAACAUGAAACGGUUUCAAUCGACUUUCAUGGAUCAAUAUCUAUGAGUGCUAGCAAAGAAUCGAACGAAGAUUUGGAGAUUGGCAUGUGCCUUUCGGCUACUCAGAUGGAUGCUUUUAUUCGUAUCUUUAAUGAUGGUCUAAAAGAGUACCUUGUUUAAUUAGAUGCAUCAUAUUUAUAUAUAUGCAGUACGUCAUUUCCUUAACAUAUCUAUUUGGUUCAGUAUGUAUAUAUUAAAGUUAUUCUUAUAGAAUUAAAAUGAAUGUUAAAAA